UCCUGUUAUGCUUCUUUUUUGAAGGUGAAUUAGUAGUUGAUGUUACAUGAAGCAGACAGCGAUAGCCAUGGAAUGUGCAAAAUUCCUUUCGAGGUACAUGUAAGUUGCACAUGGCACAUGACUCCCGCCGUCUAAUGCCAUGGGGGAGCCGUGCGUUCCAUGCUCUAGAAUGUGCUUGCCUCGUUUUCGUCGUUUCAUCGUCUGUCAAGCGGUCGAUGAAUGUCAUACCUUAUACCUACAGAUCUUGCUAUAGAAGUCAAGAUGCACACCGUCGUAACCAUCCCAUCAUUUCCCCGGAUUUGAACCUGAUAAGCAGCUCAACCGCCUGUAACGUAGUGUCAGUCAGCCUCAGCCCAAACAAGUUCAUUCAUUGCUUAUCCCCAUCUGUGGAGCGCAUCUGACAACAGGAAUAUGUCAGGAACAGGAUGGAUAAAAAGGAGUUACACAGCCUCAGCCACCUGACGGUUGGCCAUCCAUGACCAAUAA